GCAGCGAGGUUGCAUGGAAGGGAGGAGGAGAACGUUGUUGUGAGCGGCGGCAGCAGGCAGUAGUUGGGGCGGAGCGGUUUGGCCGAGUCGAAGCGGGUGUGUGUGGAAGACGAAGAACAAGCGGGCGUGUGCCGAAGAAGAAAACGUCAUCACCGGCGCCAUCGACAUCGCCAUCGCCCACGCGAUUGCGAUCGCCAUGGCGAGGCUUAGCGGGUCCAGACCUGGACGGCAUGGACCCGGCGGAGUGACGCGUGCACUUGUGGUCUUCGCAUGCACGGUGGCGAUGGCGAUCCUCGCCUGCCUGCUUCAUCCUGCUUCGGCGGCGGGAAGGAGACACCUUCUCCAGGGCGACGAGGUUCUGACGUCGCCCUUGUCCAUCUGUGCGACGCUCGUCGACACCCGCUUGGUCGCCGAGUGCCGUGGUAUCUUGAUGACCACCCCCAGCGCUGAUUUCGUCCCCUCCGCACCUGGGGAAACCUGCGAGGCCCACGCCCGUAACGUUGUCAUCACCAACAACAGCAUGAGGCUCUACUACAUCCUCGAUCAGUUCUGUUUCCUUAACGAAACCAGGACGCGUCAGGCUUUGUCCUACUGGUCUGCGGACCUGCAGGGCGUCGACACGGGAGUGGUCACCGCAGCCCAGGGCACGCUGCUUACCCAUUGGUGGAACAGCUCCGCUGUCAACGGCCCGGCGGAGACGGAACCCACCGUCCGCCACACCUGGGGCAUUGUAACGGCAGAUAUGGUUCCCAUGGUGUACGCGUACGGCCUCGAGCUGUCGCGGGGUGAGUCCCAUCUCUUCGUGAGCGCCUUCACGUUCGACUCCCCCACCGUCACCUCCAAUAUCUCAUGGGUCGUCAUGAUCGACGUGGCAGAUGGGUCGCGUGUCUCGAUCCCGGUCGGCGCGCAUCUGGGCUACGGAGUGGCUUUUAAUCCAGCCAAGACUCAACUUUACUUCUCCGAUGCGUCGGCUCCUCCCAGGAUACUGGUGGCCGAGAUGACCGGGAUCGAAACCCUCAACACGUCGAACUUUCGCCCGAUGCCUCUGAUUAGCUUCGCCGCGGCGGCGGGUGUCAGUCGGCCCAUUUUCAGCGCCCACUCUUUCACCGCCAAUGGCUCUUGCCUCUACUUCAUCGACGAUAAUCACGAUCGAGUGCUGGCUUUGAACCUGGUCUCUGAGACGGUUGCCAUCAUUGCGACCGAGAGCCCGUCCGCCCUCCUAGUGGCGGACGAAAAGGCCAGUAGCUUUCGUGGGAGGUUCGGAGAGGUGGCCACGACCUCGGACGGUCUGAACGUCUUCGUCUCGGAUUUUGAGGGCAUGCUGUGGCAGAUUACACUAGAGCAAGCUUGCGGAACGCCAAUGUCGAAGUCCAUAGUAGCUAACUACCAAGGGGGAGGUGUGUGGGGAUUGAUUGUGAGCCGUGAUGACCUUUACGUUUACGUCGGAACGGCAGACGGCCACAUCACCCGGCUUGGCCUCAACCUACCCACCCCGCCGCCUGCUUAACGCUGUCUUGGAGACUUCACUCUCCCCUUCCCUAUCUUCUUCUUCCUCCUCCUCCUCCUCCUCCUCCUCCUCCUCCUCCUCCUCCUCGUUUAGAUCCAGCUUGCAGAACGCCAAAGUCGAAGUUUGUAGUAGCAACGUGAGAGAUUAGAAGGGCGCUGGAACUCCUCGUUGUCAGCAUUGCCUCACCAAUGAUGAGAAUUACACAUGCGCCGGGAGGGCAGAAGAUAGCGACGCGGAUGAUUGCUUAAUGUGCUCCGCGAGACUCGACGUCUACCUACUUAUCUUCCUCCUCCUCCGCCUCCUCCUCCUCCUCCUCCUCCUCCGCCUCCUCCUCCCCCUCCUCCUCACCACCUGCCUCCAGAAACAGAGCGGCACUAGCAUCCCAGAGUAGAUAGAAGAGAGUCGCAGUGGCCCGCUUAAUCUUCGUCUUCUUAUCGUAGCUGGCACCUACCACCUGCCAAUCAGAUUAGACUCACCUCUCCCCUCCCCCCGCGCGUAAUCCUCCUCCUCCUCCUCCUCCUCCUCCUCCUCGUUUCUCAUUUUGUUCUUUUCGGUAGCUAUUUUAGCUCUCAUGGAUUUAAGCGAUUGCGCCUUCGAUGUCAUUAUUAGUGUAUUCUUAAUGAUUGGUACUUCCCGCAAAUCCUAUCCUGAUUGGUUGGAUUCGCGCCCUCGUCGCCAAACGGUCAGCACCUCCCUCCCUUGUCCUUCAAGCCCGUCCUUUCCUUCUUUUUUUUUUUUUUUUCUUUUUUCAUUUUUUUUUUGCUUCGCAAGAGAUGUUAUAAUUUAAUUCAGUGUUACUGGCAACGAGCUGCUGCCCUGGGUUUAAUCCCAGGGUUUCACGUCUGUUCUCGUUGCUGCCUCCCGUUCCUCGUGACGAAUUCUUCAGGUACGAACCAUUUAGCAGCUUCCUGCUCUUCAGGAGCGCGGCUUCAUUUUGCUGUGUAUUAUUUAGUUCUUCCGUUUCGGGCGAUUGUUAUGGAUU